GCGCUCGCCACACUUCCUGUUGAUCCGGUUCGGCCGGGGGCUGGGUCGGGAGGAGGGCCUGGAGGAGGGCUGGCGGGCAGGCGUCGGCGGCCACUGGCCAGGCGUGGACACGCGGGGCCGCCGCGGGCACGGAGUGUCCGCCGCGUCGCCCGAGCCCAGAGCCCGGGAGCACUGUCGGCCGCCGCAUCUCCUGCCCUCUGUCCUGCCAACCCAGCCCUCGGCUGAGCCGCACCGCACCAUGCCCGCCGUGGACAAGCUCCUGCUAGAGGAGGCGUUGCAGGACAGUCCCCAGGGCUGUAGGCUGUGGACCAAAGAGCGCACUCGCUGAUGAGAGCCAUCCUGCUGGUGACCUCAGUGCUGCUGACCUGGGUUUACAUCCCAGCCCUGCCACAUUCCUACAGUGGGAGGUUGAACACAUUUCUUAACUUUGAUGAGCCUCAGUUUCAUCAUCUGUAACAUGAAGUUAAUGGAACCGUGGAAUCGACCUCGCAGAGUUGCUAAAAGAAUUAAAUGAAGUCACAGAUGUUUAGUGCCCAGCACAGCGUCUGGCACACAGACUCGCUCUUUACUGAGCGUGUUUGAAGAAGAUGCUGGCACCCUCACAGACUACACCAACCAGCUGCUGCAGGCGAUGCAGCGCGUCUAUGGAGCCCAGAAUGAGAUGUGCCUGGCCACACAACAGCUUUCUAAGCAACUGCUGGCAUAUGAAAAACAGAACUUUGCUCUUGGCAAAGGUGAUGAAGAAGUAAUUUCAACACUCCACUAUUUUUCCAAAGUGGUGGAUGAGCUUAAUGUUCUCCAUACAGAGCUGGCUAAACAGUUGGCAGACACAAUGGUUCUACCUAUUAUACAAUUCCGAGAAAAGGAUCUCACAGAAGUAAGCACUUUAAAGGAUCUAUUUGGACUCGCUAGCAAUGAGCAUGACCUCUCAAUGGCCAAAUACAGCAGGCUGCCUAAGAAAAAGGAGAAUGAGAAGGUGAAGACCGAAGUCGGAAAAGAGGUGGCUGCAGCCCGGCGGAAGCAGCACCUCUCCUCCCUUCAGUACUACUGUGCCCUCAACGCGCUGCAGUACAGAAAGCGGAUGGCCAUGAUGGAGCCCAUGAUAGGCUUUGCCCACGGACAGAUUAACUUUUUUAAGAAGGGAGCAGAGAUGUUUUCCAAGCAUAUGGACAGCUUUUUAUCCUCCGUUGCAGACAUGGUUCAAAGCAUUCAGGUAGAACUGGAAGCCGAGGCGGAAAAGAUGCGGGUGUCCCAGCAAGAAUUCCUUUCUGUUGAUGAAUCUGUUUACACUCCAGACUCUGAUGUGGCCGCACCACAGAUCAACAGGAACCUCAUCCAGAAGGCUGGUUACCUUAAUCUCAGAAACAAAACAGGGCUGGUCACUACCACCUGGGAGAGGCUUUAUUUCUUCACCCAAGGCGGGAAUCUGAUGUGUCAGCCCAGGGGAGCCGUGGCUGGAGGUUUGAUCCAGGACCUGGACAACUGCUCAGUAAUGGCCGUGGAUUGCGAAGACCGGCGCUACUGCUUCCAGAUCACCACACCCAAUGGAAAAUCGGGAAUAAUCCUCCAGGCUGAGAGCAGAAAGGAAAAUGAAGAGUGGAUAUGUGCAAUAAACAACAUCUCCAGACAGAUCUACCUGACCGACAACCCUGAGGCAGUCGCGAUCAAGUUGAAUCAGACCGCUCUGCAAGCAGUGACUCCCAUUACAAGUUUUGGAAAAAAACAAGAAAGCUCAUGCCCCAGCCAGAACCUGAAAAAUUCAGAGAUGGAAAAUGAAAAUGACAAGAUUGUUCCCAAAGCAACAGCCAGUCUACCUAAGGCAGAGGAGCUAAUAGCGCCUGGAACGCCGAUUCAAUUCGAUAUUGUGCUUCCUGCUACAGAAUUCCUUGAUCAGAACAGAGGGAGCAGGCGUACCAACCCUUUUGGUGAAACUGAGGAUGAGUCAUUUCCAGAAGCAGAAGAUUCUCUUUUGCAGCAGAUGUUUAUAGUUCGGUUUUUGGGAUCAAUGGCAGUUAAAACAGACAGCACUACUGAAGUGAUUUAUGAAGCAAUGAGACAAGUAUUGGCUGCUCGCGCUAUUCACAACAUCUUCCGCAUGACAGAAUCCCAUCUGAUGGUCACCAGUCAAUCUUUGAGGUUGAUAGAUCCACAGACUCAAGUAUCAAGGGCCAAUUUUGAGCUUACCAGUGUCACACAAUUUGCUGCCCAUCAAGAAAACAAGAGACUGGUUGGUUUUGUCAUCCGCAUUCCUGAAUCCACUGGAGAAGAAUCUCUGAGUACAUACAUUUUUGAAAGCAACUCAGAAGGCGAAAAGAUAUGUUAUGCUAUUAACUUGGGAAAAGAAAUUAUUGAGGUUCAGAAGGAUCCAGAAGCACUGGCUCAAUUAAUGCUGUCCAUACCACUAACCAAUGAUGGAAAAUAUGUACUGUUAAACGAUCAACCAGAUGACAAUGAUGGAAAUCCAAGUGAACAUAGAGGCGCAGAAUCUGAAGCAUAACUCACUUGCGCCUGUAGGGGAAGAGCAAACAGGAAGGAGAGCUACCUCCUAAGGGUUUUCAACUUCUCUGACAUACAGGCACACUGACCUGACUUCCGAAGGCUGACAAUCGCUUGUGGAAUGUAAUCUUGAUGCCUUGAUACUGAGACUUGGGAGGGAAACUAAGAAACGGUUGACAGCGUUCCCACCCAUCUACAAAUGUUCUUUUAGGUGCUUUGUGGUAAGUCUUUUUCUUAGAUUGCGCUAAGAUUUCUUAGAUUGUUCAGCGCUCAGAACAAAAGUUUGAAAAAUGCAUUGUUCAUAUGAAUGUCACCUUUUCAGUUUCCAGUAUCCUUUUUAAAAAAUGGCAAAAGCCUAGAUUUACAAUUUGAUGAACACUAAAUAUUUCCUAUUAAUAUAAUCUAUUUUUCUAUUUUACUUAAUGAGCUUUAAGUGCCUGUCGUUCUGAAAAUUGUGUAUUUAUAAUUCAGCUUAUCUCAUAAUUGGACCUAAUAGCAUUUCUUUGUGCAGUUAGGUGAUGAGCACUGCUUUGAGGCCCAAGCACUAGUAGAGAUGCAUGAUGCAGGUCUAGUUGCAAUAACUGUUCCAGACAUCAAGCAAUAAAAAAAUGAAUACCACAAAAGAUGUUUGAUUUUACAGUGGAGCCUUACUGAACCAGCAUUCAGAAGUUUGAGGUCCUCCUAGGUAUGAGUACCUUUAGUAGUGGAUCACUGUGGACAGGGUACAGCUCUACCAGUUCCUGUUUCUUCUGAGCCAGACCCUCCUCAAGGAAGGGACCAGUUAAUUUUAAAACUCACUUGAAGCACAGCUGGUCAUGGGGCUUUGUAUAAAGUUCCUAUUUCCACCCUGAUACUUCCAAUUCCUGGAACCCCAGCCCACUCCCCCAUCCCUCCUCUCUACGAAACUAGUAUAAUGAUUUUGAAUCGGUACAGUGUGUUUAACUGUAACUAAGUUCAACAGACUAUUAUUAUCUUUGUAAUGAAUUAACCUAGCAAUAAAAAUUAUUCUGUUUCUUU